AAGAGAGAAUCUUGCAUCUACUGGUUCACUCCUCAAAGGAUCAUAAUAGCCAAGGCUGGCCCAGGCCAAAAUCAAAAGCCUGAAGUUGCAUUUAUAUCUUCCAUGUGAAUGACAGAGACCUAGGCACAUUAGCAGGAAGCUGGAUCAGAAGUGGAGUGACUGGGAAUUGAACCUGCACUCUGAAAUGGGAUGCCAGUGUCUUAGGUGGAAGUUUAACCUCUUGUUACACAGCACUUAUCCUUAGUUUUAAAAAUUGCUUUCACAUUACUUCUUAUUGUAAUUCUCAAAAUUACUCUCUGAUAUUCUGUAAGAUACCACAGAAUAUAAUGCCACGAAAAGUAUUAAUUUCUUUGCUUGCUUCUUCACACGUUCUUCUGUCCUCUAUCUCUGUAUUCUUUUGAGCCAGUCCUUUAAUUUGAUUCUUGGUUGUUUACAUGAACUUGUUGGAAAGCGCUCUGGAUAAAUGGACACAUGAUAGGCAUCUUACAUUUCCUUCAGGAUCAUCCCUCAAGUAAUGCAAAUGUCUUCUCUAAUACUCUCCUCAUUAUGCAAAGAACCACAGAGUGAGAGGACGUGCGGGAUUUACUGUGAGACACCCCAUCCAACCUCUCAGCACACGAGUCCCCAUUAUUUAAGUAAUGCUUGAAUGAACUGGAGUUUGAAGGUGACUUCUGGAUACAAAUGGAGCACCCCGGUGUUGUGACAAGAUGGCCCAGACAAAAUUCCUGGAAAGAGCAGUGCUUAAAAAUAUCAAUAGAAAAUGCAUUCAUGUAUCUCACAGGAAGAGAUUCUUCGACCAAAUAUAUGUUUACCUCUCCACCUGCAUGACUAGUCUUCUUAGCUGAUGUGUCGUUUAGGCACCUUUUCCCACAAGUUUUUCGAGAACUUCUUUAGCUGCCUCCUAUGAACUCCUCUCCGGAGCCACACUUGUGUUCCUUUGGUGCCUAGGAGUCACCCUUUGAUAUUUGGAGCCUUGCUUGAGGCUAUUUUCAGAGUGAACUCCAGUGUUCCAGAUGAAAAGAUAGAGGUUUGCACAGUAACACUGUCCCCACUCUCCCUCCCACACCGCUAGUAACUGUUUGAAGCACUGUUGCUUCCAAUGCUAUUCCUUGCUCCACUGCUGCAAAUCUCCUGGGUGUUAAGGAAAGGGGAAGGACACCGACUGCCUUUCAGAGCCACGUCCCCAUUACAUCUGGUCACCUGAAUGCCGAAUCUGAACAAGGUGACCCCCGAGGCUGGCAUGUCCUCAACCAAGGUAUGGGUCACUCUUUUUGCUCUGAUGUGCUUCCAGUGCAAGGUGCUUGCACACAAUACUGGUAUUUCCAAGAGACAGUUCAUGAACGAGUACUACCUCAGUUCAAACUGGAAUUUCGACACAUACAAGUGUGAUGCCGUCAUGCUAAAAAAACGAAUUCCCAGAGACCAGAACUCUCAUGUGUUUGUUUAUAUCUCAUGGUACCAACUCGAACAUUUAUGUAUUCGUAAUCACUGGAAUGACCGCUACAGAAACACAUACGUGUGGACCCCAACUCCCAUCAAAGUACUCACGUGUCAUCGGCAGCGUUUCAAAAUUGGAUACACAGAGAGCAGGAGCUUCAACUAUGUUGAAUUCCAUUGUAACAUGGAUGGCUACGUCAACAGCAUAGAAGACAUGAAGCUGGUAGCACUUAUAGACACCUAGAGGACCUCCUUUCUCCCUUGAUUUUGGUAGUAAAUUCAACACUUCCCAAGUGGUGGGCCCUGCCUACUGAGAUAACCCCCGCCUCACCUCACAGAGGCCUUCUAUGUCACUAAUUUCCAGUAACUUCAAGUUACAUGUCCCAAGGUUUCUUGAGGCUUUAACUUUGUUUAGGUUGUUUUUCCGCCCAGAAUGCUUUUUUAUCGUCAUCUACUUAAUUUGUUCCUAUAGUUUUUUACGUCAUCUCCUGCGGCACAGCUUAUUGACUAACUCGGGAUUUUUCUGGAUGUUGACAUCUUCACAUACAUUCCAGAAAAAUGACCUUUCCUUUCCAAAAUAAACUGUAUGAUUCCAAUUCGUGUAACUUUAUAUGCACAAUCUGUGUUGGGUUAUUAGUGUGCGUAGUAUGAAUAUGUGUGAUAUAGACUCUGCGUGGACAGGAUUUGUGUUAUAUAUAAGUUUCAGGUGCAUUUUAUGUGUGUGUCUAAUGUAUGUGAUAUGCUAAUAAAUGGUGGGAAUGUAAAUGUUUAUGUGCUAAAUGGAAAAUAAGUUGUGACAGAUAUUGAUUAUGUUGGUAUGUUUAGUUCCAUUGAGAUUGGUGAGAGCCCCUGGGCAGAGCUGAGUGAAUAUGAAACAUGUAGCAUUAGUCCCUACUCAUACUAGACACUCUAAUAAAGCUUUUUUUUUAAUUGUCCACCUUUGACUCGAUAUAUAAUUUUCAUCUUGAUGAAACAAACAUGAAAACUGCCAUUGGUCGUCUUCCAUUGGUCGA